AUGUCAACCCAAAGCGUCAAGGUGAAUGCGCGGGGCGAGGUGCUGCAGAUCCGAUCGCCGGCAGAGUUCUUCGCGGAGAAUCAAAACAUUGCCGGCUUCGACAAUCCGGGGAAAUGCCUAUAUACGACGAUCCGUGAACUCGUGGAGAAUUCCCUCGAUGCCGCUGAGUCCAUCGGUGUCUUGCCGCAAAUUGACGUGACCAUUACCGAAAUGGACGAAGCAGCGUUUAAUACGUCACGAGAUAUUCAAGUCACAACUCGGUUUGACAAAGACCUGUACAGUGAUCCCAAAGAGAAAAAGCGAAAGCAGCCCCCCUCCGCUGUCGUGAACGAGAUGAAACAAGCCGAAUCUGACGAGUACGACGACGACGCCCCAUUGAAACCAAAAAAGAAACUCAAGUACGACGAAGACGCCCCAUUGAAACCAAGAAAAACAGUCAAAUCGGCUGGCACUUCACCCACGACGCCAUCAACAGCAACAGUUGCUGCCCCGUCGCCGAAGCAAAACGCCGCACCAGUUAACCGCAAUGCGAUUAUGUACUACAAGAUCGAGGUCAAGGACAAUGGGUGUGGCAUGGCGCACGCGCAAAUCCCAAACAUGCUAGGACGAGUGCUGGCCGGAAGUAAAUACGGUGUUCGGCAGACGCGGGGCAAGUUUGGCUUGGGCGCGAAAAUGGCACGAACGUGCGCGUUAAUUUGGUCCAAGAAAAGCACUGGGAUGCCGAUCACGGUGCGGUCGGCCCACAUGUCCAAGGCGAACACCAUGCCCAAGCACGUGUCGUUCUGUAAACUUGACAUUGACAUCUUCAAGAACGAGCCAAACGUCCUCGAGCACUACAAGUCGAGAAAUAUCGAGGAGAUGACGGGCACGGAAUUGACGGUCACCGUGGGCGGCAACUGGACCACCUAUCGCUCUCGCAUUGUGCACUACUUUCAGCAGCUCGCGAUCAUUACCCCAUAUGCGCAAUUGGAGUUGAGUUUCAUCAAAGGCAAACACAAGGAAUUCACGAUGCGCUACGAUCGCCGGUCGGACCAAAUGCCCCCCACGGCCCAGCAAGUACAGCACCAUCCGCUCGCGCUCAACGACUUGCUCUUGGCACAACUGAUGGAACACUCAAAGCAGCGAACAUUGCAUGGGUUUUUAUGCCAUGACCUGGCCGCAGUGGAUGCCAAUUUGGCGACUCGGAUUGUGAACGAACUGGACACACCGUUUACCCUUGACAUGGACAUUCAUACGCUGACAUCGAAUCAUAUUCACCAAGUGGUGCGGUUGCUCAAGGAAAUGCACUUCAACGUACCAGAUGGCCAUUGGCUCAGUCCUGCGGGGGAAUACAAUCUACGUUUGGGUAUUUUAAAGGAACUGGAGCCAGACAUGGUGGCAACCCACACGUACAAAACGUCCGAGUUUGAAGGCCAUGCGUUGAUUGUGGAAGCUGCCGUGUCGGUGGGCGGGGCCCCGAUGAAAGAAGGCAUAUCGAUCUAUCGGUUUGCCAAUCGCAUUCCAUUGCUGUUUGAAGCUGGCGGGGACGUGGUGACUCGCACGGCGAACAAGGAUAUCAACUGGACAUAUUACAAGAUGGAUCCAAAACGCGACAAGAUUGGCGUGUUUGUGUCUAUCGUGAGCACGAAAAUUCCGUUCAAAGGCACUGGGAAAGAGUACAUUGGCGACGACAUUCCGGCGAUCAAGGAUGCAGUGAAGCAAUGUUUGCGGCAAUGUUGCAGCCAACUGCGCGUCAAGUUGGUCCAACGCCAUCUCAAGCACGACAAGCAAGAACGCAAGCAAAAACUGCGACGGUACAUUCCCGACGUGACUCGGGCGCUGUUUGGUGUGCUCGAGCGCAUGAACAGCCACCCCAGUCCCUCCACUUCGACUACCGCGGCAACUUUGACUCAGAGCCAAAGGGAAUUUUUGGAGGCCAAGGCGGAAUUGCAAGCGUCGAUUCGUGGUAAAACCCUCUCGGCUGCCAUUUUGGCUGAAAAGUUGCUUGUCGUGGUGAAACGAUGCGAUGACCAAGUGGCGUUGGACUAUGUGGCCAAGCCUUCGGAAAAAACCAAGGCAUGUUUGUCGACGCUGUUCGAUCCACAUGAUGUUUCAGCAUUGACUCUGGCCUCCAUAGUCGUGUGUGUUUGCAGCGUCCGUACCGUUGAAUGCCCGAUCAACGUUGCUCGACCCACCCAUUGCACAUCCCGUGGCGACAUUUCAGUUGUUUUCAGUUGUAAUGAUGGCGGCGGCAACCCCAGUUUGAUGCGUUUUCAGGUGUUGUCAACGCAGUCGGACCGAGCAGAUUCUGGACACAACACCCUUGGCUGGUAACAUUUGUUUUCUUGAAUGCGAAUUGUGUAACAAC